GACCUGCUGAUGUGCCUGGCGCUUUCUGAUUUGUGCGUGGCAGGCAUGCGGCUCGAGGUCGACCACCUGGCGACGGCGUCUGAUGCGUCGGAGGCUGCGGGCGCGGUGGUCUACAGCACGGCCCUCUCGGACCGCGGCCGCGCGCUUGCCACCCGGCGCCAGCGGCCUGCCCACGCUGCCUGCGAGGAGGAGACGGCGUUCAUCACCCUCUUCGACGGGAUCGGGGGCGGACGCAGGGCUUUCGAGAUCCUCGGCCUGGUGCCCGUGGUCCACCUGUCGUUCGAGGUUGACCCCCAGGCCGUGCGCGUUGCGCGCUGCUGCUACCCUGGGACCCAGCACCUUGGCGACGUGCCGGAGGCCGACCGGGUGCCGCCGACGCUUGUCGGCCGCGUGAUCAGGAUCAUCCUGGGGCUGCGGAUGGCCAUGCCUGAGGCCGCGGUUGACUUUCUUGGCGAGAACGUUGCUUCGAUGGCCGAAUCUGAGGUACUUCAUCUCAACGCGCUCUUCGAGCGGAUCCCCUUGGAGGUCGAGGCCGGUGACAUCGGCUGGGUCAAGCGACCGCGCCUGUACUGGACGUCCUGGGACCUGCUGCCCUCUUUCGAGUCCAAGGCGACCAUGGUGAUGGCGAAGAGCUCGGCGGGCCGCCGCACCUGCCGCGUGGCGCUGCAGGCUGAGCGGCCGCCGCUGGAGGGGUUGCCGCCUGCUGGUGCGAGCUGCCCUGGGGCCGCUGCUGGGGAGCCGCUGCCUGCGCUCGUUCGCGGGCUGCGCUGCCCCGCUCUGAUCCACGAGGCCGGUGGCCGCGUGGCGUCGCCUGACGCGGUCGCGCGCUUGAAGCUGAUGGGCUUCGCCGAGGGCCGCGCUGCCCCGUGCAUGACCAGCGUGGAGGCGAAGACCAGCCCGCCCAAGCACGAUGCGCUGCGGCGAUCCUCGGUGAGGACCUCGUUCCAAUUCGAGGUAGUGGCCUGGCUGCUUGGCCGCAAGUUGCGGGCUGGCGACCUCGCCUCGCUGCGCUGCGGACGCGUGGAGCUCGACGAGCAGGCGUCCCGCGAGCUGAAGGUAACAGCUGCAGGGCGCGCCAGCCCGGGACCGCCAGCGGUGGUUUAUGUCGGCCGCGGCCCGCGGCUCUGGAGUUUGGAGCCUUCCUGUUGUGGCAACCCCUUCGCCAUCGUCCCGAGCGCCUCGCGAGAGGGCGCGGUGGCGCAGUUCGCGGGCUGGCUGCGGGGGCAGCCGCAGCUGCUGGGUCGCCUGGGGGACCUGCGCGGGGCUACCCUUGCGUGCCACUGCGAGCAGGCGGUGUCCUGCCACGCGGACGUGCGGCUUGCCGAGCUGGCCAAGCGUG